AUGGCUCUGGUCUUCGACCGUGUGGUGCUAGUGAAUGGCUCUGGUCUGGAGUCGACCACUGCUCCAGGUGGUGAAGAUGUUAAUACAAGGCACUUCCUGAAGCACUGUGAAAGUACAAACCUGACUAAAUGGCUCGCCAUUGUAUAUGGCUACAAAGUGCUUCUAAUGUUUCUUGGAUGUUUCCUGGCCUUGAGAACAAGGCAUGCACAUAUCCAUCUCCUCGAUGACAGCAAGUACACAAGGCUGAGCAUGUACCACGUGACCGUCAUGUCUAUCAUUGGAGCAUCCGGGUGCUUCCUGACCCAGUAUAACCCUAAUGUGCAGCUCUUCAUCAUGGCUUUGGUGGUGAUCUCCUGCUGUACCUGCACUCUGUGUCUGGUGUUCCUGCCCAAGCUUGUAAAAAUCCAAGACAAUCCCAACCAAGUGGAUCCAACUAGCUGGUUACAAUGUGAUCUUAACAAGGAGGAUUCGGAGACCUCCAGUUCCUCUAGCAGUCUCAAUCAGGGCAGAUCUCUUGAAAGCCUGCGGACUGAAAACCAGCAGCUCCGGAGGAGAAUCACAGAGAUGGUGGAACUUUGGGAAUGAACAUAGAAAUGGUCUUUGCAGAUUGGUGACCAGUUGGAGGAUGUCGCCAUGCAAGUACUAGAGGAAGAGCUGAGUCCUCCCAGUCCACAGGGCCAUGAAGUGAGACUGAGAGCCCAGGUGUGCUCUGAGGAUGUGCCCAGGAUGAACAGGGGACUCUUUGAUGAC